AUGGCUUCAGUGCUAAAUAACUCGCGUUCCGAUACGCUCUUUCUCGGUGGCGAGAAAAUAAGCGGCGACGAUAUCAGAAACCAAAAUGUUCUGGCAGCUCUUGCUGUAGCCAAUGUGGUUAAAUCGUCGCUAGGACCGGUCGGAUUGGACAAGAUGUUGGUCGACGAUAUUGGUGACUUUACGGUGACAAAUGACGGUGCAACGAUUUUGUCGCUGCUAGACGUUCAGCAUCCAGCGGGUAAAAUUCUGGUGGAAUUGGCGCAGCAACAAGACCGCGAAAUCGGAGACGGUACCACGAGUGUGGUAAUCAUCGCGUCCGAGUUGCUGAAAAGAGCAAACUCGCUUGUGAAGAAUAAGAUUCAUCCCACCACAAUCAUCACCGGAUUCCGUGUGGCCCUAAGAGAAGCCAUCAGGUACAUCAAUGAGGUGCUUUCGAUGAGCGUCGAAUCCUUGGGCAAAGAAUCUAUGGUAAACAUUGCCAAGACCAGCAUGUCCUCCAAGAUCAUUGGUUCAGACUCAGAUUUCUUCGGCAACAUGGUCGUGGACGCUUUACUUGCAGUCAGGACACAAAAUUCCAAGGGUGAAGUCAAGUAUCCCGUUAAAGCCGUCAAUAUCCUCAAGGCUCAUGGUAAGUCCGCUCGCGAGUCGGUCUUGAUUCAAGGCUACGCCCUAAACUGUACCGUGGCUUCCCAGGCCAUGCCAAAACGCAUAGAUGGUGGCAACGUUAAAAUUGCUUGCCUCGACAUGAACUUGCAGAAGGCAAGAAUGGCAAUGGGUGUACAAAUUAACAUCAAUGAUCCAGAUCAACUCGAAGAGAUUCGCAAGCGUGAGGCUGGUAUGGUUAUAGAAAAAGUGAGAAAGAUCAUCGCUGCCGGUGCAAACGUUGUACUAACUACCAAAGGUAUCGACGAUUUGUGUUUGAAAGAGUUCGUGGAGGCCAAAGUCAUGGCUGUCAGACGUUGCAAAAAAGAAGAUCUUCGGAGAAUCGCCCGCGCCACAGGUGCUACUUUGAUCAACUCCAUGUCGAACUUGGAAGGUGACGAGACAUUCGAGGCCAGCUCGCUCGGUACGUGCCAAGAGGUAAUUCAAGCCAAAUUCUCUGACGACGAGUGUAUUUUGGUCAAGGGUACUUCCAAGCAUUCCGCGUCUUCCAUCGUGCUGCGUGGUGCCAACGAUUACUCUUUGGACGAGAUGGAACGUUCUAUCCAUGACUCUUUGUCGGUGGUAAAGAGAACGCUUGAAAGCGGAAGCGUGGUACCGGGCGGUGGCAGCGUAGAAGCUGCGCUGAACAUCUACUUGGACAACUUUGCCACCACUGUCGGGUCGCGCGAACAAUUGGCCAUUGCCGAGUUCGCUGGCGCUCUACUUGUGAUUCCAAAGACCCUAGCCGUCAACGCCGCGAAGGACUCCAGUGAACUCAUUGCCAAACUCAGGUCCUACCAUGCAGCAAGCCAGCAAGCUCAGCUCGAUGACCACAAGAGAAGAAACUAUCGCAACUACGGAUUGGAUCUGAUCCGCGGAAAAGUCGUGGAUGAGGUUCAGGCGGGUGUUCUGGAACCCACAAUCAGCAAAGUCAAAUCUCUCAAGUCUGCCCUCGAGGCCUGCAUUGCAAUCUUGAGAAUCGACACCAUGAUCACAGUGGAUCCAGAGCCACCUAAGGAGGACCCUCACAACCAAUGUUAA